CUGGUGUCCCCUGUCCUAGUGCCCCGACCCUCCUUGUGGCUGCACCCCAGGCAGGGGGUGUCCCUGGGAGACGCUGUCGCCCUGCGGUGCCACCUGCCCCAGCAAGCUGCCCGGGUCUGGGUGUACAAGGAAGAAAGUGAGAUAUACAGUGAGGUGAAUGUAAACAACAAGUACGUGGAGCAUGACACAGUUGAGUUCACCAUCAUUAGCACAAAGUGGGAACACACAGGUACGUAUUGGUGUCAGUAUCAGGUGCCUGAGUCAGAGGAGAUAUCAGAGAAGAGUGAUCCCGUGGAGCUGGUGGUGACAGAUCCCAGCUUUCCACCACCCGGAAUCUCCCUUCGACCAAAGGAAUGAGUGGGGACAGGGACCAAUGUCACCAUCCACUGCUGGAACAAGGACUACGGGGAUACCUUCCUCCUGCACAAGGAUGGGCUCUCAGCCCCUAUCCAGCACCAGGACCGGGAUGGUGGGGGCAUGGCCACCUUCACCCUCCUUGGGGUGACCCCAGCUGAUGCUGGUACCUACAGGUGGUCCUACCAUCCCAAGAACCACCCCUCAGUUUCCUCACCCCUUGGGAGCAGUGUGACACUGGAGGUGACACCCACACCCGCAACCCCAGAGACACCCACACCCCCAGACCCCGCAGGAUCUGAGGAGGGGUCCAGAGCGUGUCUAGUGAUAGCACUGCUGAGGGUCUUAUUUGCUACACUUGUCUUCAGCCUUGGAGUCUUCUUUGUCAUUGAUGGCCGCAGCCUCUGGAUACAGAGAGAUGAGAACUGUGGUGAGGAAGGGGUUAAAUGUCUCCCAUCCCCUAUAGAUCUCCCCAGUGUCCCCUUCCUGCCCAUCUAUCCCAUAUAGAUCCUCCCAGGUGUAUCUUCCUGCCCUUUUGAUCCCCU